GCUAGCGGCUAACGGCUACUCAACAGUGACCAUGGAGGAGAGCCGGUCAACACCGGGACAGCGACGCGGCGCCACCGGGCCACGAUAACAUCUGUCCACGGCGUCGACCCCCUCCACCUCCACCUUCACCUCCACCCCCCACGGUCUGUUCAGUUUGUACAUUUUGUCUGCAGUCGCGCGGUUAUCUCUGCGACUUUUGCCCUCUUUAUCCCGCCGCGGCUCAUGACAGCCGGCUACAGCUAGCCCGUUAGCUGAUUAGCUUGUUAUAAAGCAGCGCCGCUCGCCCUGAAGCUAACCGACUGGACCGACCUACGACUACACAGGGCGGACAACAGCGGGAUGUGCAAUGGCAUCGGUUCGGGUGGCUGUCCGGGUCAGGCCCAUGAACAGGCGGGAGAAGGACUUGACGGCGAAAAGCAUCAUCAAGAUGGAAGGAACCAAAACCUCCAUCACCAACCUGAAGAUCCCUGACGGCGUGGCAGGAGACACGACGAGGGAUCGAACCAAAACCUUCACGUACGACUUCUCCUACGACUCCACGGACUGUAAGAGCUCCGCCUUCGUCUCUCAGGAGAGGGUUUUCAGAGAUCUGGGCACCGACGUGCUGAAAGCGGCGUUCGAGGGCUACAACGCCUGCGUCUUCGCUUACGGUCAGACCGGCUCGGGGAAGUCCUACACCAUGAUGGGAAAUCCAGGAGACGCGGGUCUGAUCCCCAGGAUCUGUGAGGGUUUGUUCAGUCGUAUCUCUGACGCCACUCGAUGGGAUGUAGCUUCGUUUCGUACAGAAGUCAGCUACCUGGAGAUCUACAACGAGAGGGUGAGAGACCUGCUGAGGAGGAAAUCCACUCAGACCUACAACCUGAGAGUCCGGGAGCACCCGAAGGACGGCCCCUAUGUCGAAGAUCUGUCCAAACACCUGGUGCAGAACUACAGCGACGUGGAGGAGCUGAUGGAGGCCGGGAACAUCAACCGCACCACCGCCAGCACCGGCAUGAACGACGUCAGCAGCCGCUCCCACGCCAUCUUCACCAUCAACUUCACUCAGGCUAAGUUUGACGCAGAGAUGCCCAGUGAAACCGUCAGUAAGAUCCACCUGGUCGACCUGGCAGGAAGCGAGCGGGCCGACGCCACCGGAGCCACCGGCGUCCGACUGAAAGAAGGAGGAAACAUCAACAAGUCGCUGGUCACCCUGGGCAACGUCAUCUCUGCUCUAGCCGACAUGACGCAGGACGGCGUGAACACCAACCUGAAGAAGAAGUCGGUGUUCGUUCCCUACAGAGACUCUGUGCUGACGUGGCUGCUCAAAGACAGCCUGGGCGGCAACGCCAAGACCAUCAUGAUCGCCACCGUUUCCCCCGCCGACGUCAACUACGGCGAGACCCUCAGCACUCUGCGCUACGCCAACCGAGCCAAGAACAUCAUCAACAAGCCGACCAUCAACGAGGACGCCAACGUCCGGCUGAUCAGAGAACUGCGGGCUGAAAUCGCCCGGCUGAAGGCUCUGCUGGUUCAGGGUAACCAGAUCGCUCUCCUGGAUUCGCCCACCGCUCUGAGCAUGGAGGAGAAACUGCACCAGAACGAAGCCAGAGUUCUGGAGCUGACGAAAGAAUGGACCAACAAGUGGAACGAGACACAGAACAUCCUCAAGGAGGAGACUCUGGCUCUGAGGAAAGAGGGGAUCGGCGUGGUCCUGGACUCGGAGCUGCCUCACCUCAUCGGCAUCGACGACGACCUGCUCAGCACCGGCAUCAUCCUGUACCAUCUGAAGGAGGGACGGACGUAUGUGGGCAGAGAGGACGCGUCCACAGAGCAGGACAUCAUCCUUCACGGUCUGGACCUGGAGAGUGAACACUGUAUGUUUGAGAACCAGAACGGCACGGUGACCCUGGUUCCUCUGGGCGGAGCUCAGUGUUCGGUGAACGGAGUCCAGGUGACGGAGCCGUCGCAGCUCAACCAAGGCGCCGUCAUUCUGCUCGGCAGGACCAACAUGUUCCGCUUCAACCAUCCGAAGGAGGCGGCCAAGCUGAGGGAGAAACGAAAGAGCGGCCUGCUCUCCACCUUCAGUCUGUCCAUGACGGAUCUGUCCAAGUCCUGUGAGAACCUGUCCACCGUGAUGCUCUACAACCCCGGGUUGGAGUUUGAGCGGCAGCAGCGAGAGGAGCUGGAGAAACUGGAGCUGAAAAGGAGGCUGAUCAAUGAGAUGGAGGCGAAGCAGCAGAGUGAGAAGGCGGAGCUGGAGCGCCUCCAGCAGGAGGUGGAGAGUCAGAGGAAAGAGUCUGAGGAGGUGCAGCAGCGAAUCCUCCGUCAGGAGGAGAGCCUCCGCCGCCGCAGCCAGGACAUCGAGAGCCGCCUGCGGGACUUCCUGGCUGAGAAGGAGCGCUUCGAGGAGGAGAGGCGCUCCGAGGUCCCGGGGGAGGUGCUCCAGAGGCGGCAGCGGCAGAACCAGCAGCAGGAGGGUGAGGCAGAGGAGAAGCAGGAUGAGGAGCAGCGGCUGCAGCAGGAGGCUGCAGAGCAGACGGAGAUCUAUCGUGAGCUGGAGAGGCUGAAGAGGGAGCGCGAGGAGCAGAAGGUUCGUCUGGAGGUGGAGCGGCGGCGGCUGGAGGAGGAGGAGCGGGAGCAGCUGAGCCUGGUGGGGAGGCUGGAGGAGCAGCUGAGGGAGAAACACGAGGCCGCCACCACGCUGCUGACCCGGGAGGACGCCCGCCGCCUGGAGGAGGAGCGCCGAGCGCUGGCCGAGAUCCGAGGAGAGCUCCUCCGUGCCAAAGAGACCGGAGAGCGGCCGGAUGUGGAGGACUCCGGCGAGGAGGCGCGGUCUGCCCAGGCUCGAUACACGGACUUCAAGGCGGCUCAGGUGAAGGAGCUGGGUCAGCUGGAGGAGGGGCUGCGGCAGCAGAGGGAGCGCCUGGAGAAGGAGGUCGCCGCUGAGCGUAAUACAGUGCUGCUCCUCGCCCACGGCCUCAGAGAACGACAGCAGCAGCUGAAGGAGACGCAGGAGAAGGGGGCGCAGGACGCCACAGCUGUGUGCCAGGAGGAGCAGCUGGUCAAACAGGCGGAGCACCGACUGCAGUUCAAGGAGCGGCAGCUGGCCAGCCUGGCCGACGGCCUCCUCCCCGCGCUGGCCGAGGAGAAGCAGAGAGCCGUGGAGAUGUUGGAGCGCAGCAGCGGAGGGAGCAACGGGAACUGCGACAGUCCGCCGGGACUGGACAACACGCUGUACCAGGUGGAGAAGGAGCUGGAGGACAAGGAGGAGAAGCUGAACCUCCACUGGCACAGCGCUCAGCAGCUGCAGCAGCUGCAGGAGACCUACGAGUUCACGGCCAACGUGGCCCGGCAGGAGGAGAAGGUGAGGAGGAAGGAGAAGGAGAUCCUGGAGUCGAAGGAGAAGCAGCAGAGGGAGGCCAUGGAGCAGGCGGUGGCCCGGCUGGAGAGGAGGCACUCGGCCCUGAGGCGCAGCGUCUCCCUGGAGCCCGACACCGAGGAGCAGAGACACAAGAGCUCGGUCCAGAGGAACCUGAGGGGGACGGACCUGGACCAGCAGAGGGUGGAGCAGGAGAUCCAGAAGCUGAGGCAGAGGAUCAGCGAAGGGGAGGAGAACAACAGGACUCACUCCAUCAGUAACGAGGAGAAAACGAGUCACGGCAGCUCCCCGGUCAGCCACAUCCAGAGUCUGAACACGCUGUUGCCGCUGUCGGACGACAGAAUAAACGCGUACAUCGAAGAGGAAGUCCAGCGGAGGUUACGCAAGAUGAACCUCCUGAACGGCGGCAGCAGCAUGGAUCUGUCUCUGUCCUGUGAAUCUCUCCGGGACGAUGAAAAGCUGAAGAACAUUAAUCCAAGGAGACAUAAAUAUGAGCACUUGGUUUCUCGUCCUCUCGGGACAAGCGCCGACGGACUCCAGGAGCCCGUUAAAAUUAGCAUUCCUCGUUACGUUCUCCGCGGGCAGGGGAAGGACGAGCACUUUGAGUUCGAGGUGAAGAUCACUGUGAUGGACGAGACCUGGACUGUGUUCAGACGUUACAGUCGCUUCCGGGAAAUGCACAAGAGCCUCAAACUGAAAUAUCCAGAGCUGGCAGCUCUGGAGUUCCCUCCCAAGAAGCUGUUUGGAAACAGAGACGAGCGGAUGGUCGCUGAACGCCGGAAUCACCUGGAGCGUUACCUGAGGAACCUGUUCCGGGUGAUGCUGUCGUCCUCCGGCUCUCCUCUCAGGACCGACGCCGACGGCGGUUUCCACCUGUCCAAACACGCCAUCUGUGAGUUCUCGCCGUUCUUUAAGAAGGGCGUCUUCGAGUACGGCAGCCACGGCACCGGCUGAGAUCCGCCGCACCAAACCAGAAAAAACAACAAAAAAACAAACAAAAAAAAAACUGCUUGGUG